CCCAAUCUCGAGCAAUACACUGUCAUCCGUAUAACAUGUGAAGUUACUCGCAAAACACCUGAGUAAAGGCUGCCAAUCAGACGCCUUUAUUGCGAACCGAACGAGUGAAAAGUACACUCGUACUCUCACUGCGACGACGACGACGACCGCGACAUCACAACGCUUGCAUAAUGAAAAUCUGGACGUCUGAGCAUAUAUUCAACCACCCGUGGGAGACUGUCACACAGGCGGCAUGGCGCAAAUAUCCCAAUCCGAUGACACCAUCAAUCAUUGGCACGGAUGUAGUGGAGCGUCAGGUUGUCAACGGUGUGCUGCAUACACAUCGGCUAGUGCAAUCAAAAUGGUAUUUCCCCAAAUGGACACACGCGCUGAUUGGCACAGCCAAGACGUGUUUUGCUAGCGAGCGCUCAACGGUAGAUCCGCAGCGCAAGCAAAUGGUUUUAAAAACCAAUAAUCUCACAUUUUGCCGGAACAUCAGCGUGGAUGAAGUGCUUUACUAUGAACCACAUCCCUCAGAUGCGAGCAAGACGCUGCUGAAACAAGAAGCAACAGUAACUGUUUAUGGAGUGCCACUCUCACACUACAUGGAAGACUUGCUAACCUCAACAAUAAGCUCAAACGCCGGCAAAGGGCGACAAGGCCUUGAGUGGGUCAUUGGACUUAUAAACACGGAGGUCAAAGGCAUUGCCGAAUCGGCAGCGCGGGGCACAGAUGAACUUUUACACAAUACACGGCGAUCCAUUGAUGAGGUCACGGAGAGCGCGAGAAAGAGCAUGGAUGAAAUCCAUGUGCAGGCAGCGAAGGCGGCAAAAGCAAUGCACAUAACAUAGAAGCUCGUGAGAACUGGAGUAGGAGCUGUUAGGUAGCGAAUUAUUAAGAGUUUAAAUAGGUACGCUGAUAAUCAGCGUUAAAAUGCACUAAAUCACAACAAAUACCAAAACGAUAAACAACAUCAUCAACGACAGCAGCAAUAACCUAUAAGAAAUUACAAUAUUCUCUUUGCAGUUUGCUUAUAUUUUGUUUUUGAACACUUUGACCUGCAUACAAGCUAUGUAUAUUUUGUAAAGCGAUUUUUUAAAAUAACUUUUCCAUGGUUUAUCAUUAAGUAUAGCGCUCGCUCGUUGUCAAUUGAAGGCACGCGCAUGAAUUGUUGAUUAGGGUCAGAAUCCGAUAAGCGCACUAGGAAACAGCAGCAGUUGCCAUAAUAGCAAGAGUUACGUCUCUAAUUCAUAAACAAAAUAUAGUUUGUAAACUGCAUAAUGCCGAAAAAAUAUUAUAUACAUCCAUAAAAUAUAGGAGCAACAAAUAAAUAGCAAUUGCUCACCAAAAAA